AUGUACCCGCUCCGCGCGGGCCGUCGUGCAAUGCUAUCCGAGCUCCGCGCGCGCCCUGCGCCCCUCCUCCUCCUCACGUCCGUCCUCUCUGAAACCUUGGGCGAAGGGGAUCACAUUUCCUUUGUCAUCGGGCCAUUUCACCCUCGCCUUGGUUCCCCCUCCGAUCCCAAGCCACGGGGCUGGAGCCUCCUCCCGGGCGCGCUGGAAUCAGUGGAAUCGGCAACGGCCCCGCGCAGCGAGCUCCGGAGCAGCGUGGCCGACGCAGCUGGCUGGCGCCCGCGUCAUCUUCUCUCUGAAAUGAGUCGCCGAUCAGGACGCGGGUGGCCCCGGCCGCGCAGAGCCUACCGGGCUUUGCUCCCGUCGUGCCCUGGCCUCCUGGGGCUUUGCACAACUCCCCCAAUUCGGGUUGCGUGAGCGCGCGCGCGCCCCCUCUUUCUCUGGUUUGCCGCCUCUUCCUCCUCUUCCUCCUCCUCUUCUCUGUGCGCUGGUUAUUGGGACUGA